AUGUCCACUGACACCAGAAAUGUUACUACGAGCAGUGCUAACUUCACUGCUGUGACCAGAACGGCGUCCAAUGUAAAGAAGCCACAAUGGAAUUACAGGAAGAAGUUCAGAGAUGAAAAUGAGAAGAGCACUACCAAAAAGACUCCUACUGCGGCCAAGAAAGACACUCCGACCGAUCGAACGCCUCGAGGGUAUUAUUAUCAACAGCCUUACUAUUACUACCCAACGUAUUAUGAGCCAAUGUAAGUUGAAAUUUCAAGCGAAAAAAUCGACUUUUCGGGUCGCAACAGCUCGGGUCAACAGUAAAUCGAUUCAUACGUAGGGCGGGUGAAUACACCAAAAAAGGUUGUAGGAAGCGCCCACGAGGCUUUGCGCUGGUCGGCGGACAUUCGGCGAAAGCUCCGUGGAAACUUACAAUAUGACCACCUUUUCUUGUUUUACUUAUUAAUUACGGCAGUUUUCUUUACCCAGAGUUGUCGCAACAUAUAAAAGACCAAAAUUUGCGGGGAAAAACGAAGACCCGUAACUUUUAUCUCGAUAGAUAUUAUUGAUGCGAGUACAUGUAAAAUACCUCAAAAUAGGUGAUAAACUAUCCUGGGACCCGAUCAAUCUUAUUAUUUCUACUAUUUAAGCCUUCUUCAAGCCUCCGACCCCGAACUGUGGCGACCCGAAAAGUCUUAGCGCCAGUAAAUCCAUCUCAUAUCGGGAUUCCAUUAAACUGUUUUCAGAUACUAUUACCCGUCUUACCAGCCGGCCUACAACCCGUUUUAUGGCGGCGGCGGUGGAUUGACGACCGCAUUUUGUAUCGUUUGUAUUGGAUGA